ACAACGCGAGACAAGACAGAAGCUGAUGAUCGUUUGAGCUCUGUUUCGGGUCAUAACUGGAGAGUUAAGACACCGAAGUGCUGGGAAGAGUGGUGGAACUCGAAGAUGUGGAUAUUUGGUUGGAAGGGGCCGUCUGGGUUCUCCGCUCGGUCGACCGCCGAGGAAGUCACCCAUGGAAUCGAUGCCUCUGGUAUCACCGCUAUCGUCACAGGUGCAUCAAGUGGUAUCGGGAUUGAGACAACACGAGUUCUCGCACUACGUGGGGCACACGUCAUUAUGGCCAUGAGGAAUAUGGGAGCUGGUCGGGAAGUCAAGGAGGCCAUAAUGAAGGAACUUCCAUCUGCUCAAAUCGAUACUAUGGAGUUGGAUCUCAGCUCGAUGGCAUCCGUCAGGAAAUUUGCAUCAGAUUAUGUUUCCUCGGGCCUUCCCCUGAAUCUCCUUGUAAAUAAUGCAGGGAUAUUCGGAACUCCUUUCAUGCUUUCUCAAGAAGGCAUCGAGCUACAUAUAGCGACAAACCACUCGGGUCAUUUUCUUCUAACGAAUCUUCUGUUGGAGACAAUGAAGAGGACAUCAAGUCGAAGCAACAAAGAAGGGAGGAUUGUUAAUUUGACAUCGGAGGCCCACCGUUUGGUGUACCAUGACGGGAUCCGUUUUGAUAAGAUCAACGAUGAAUCGGGAUACAACUUUGUACUGGCCUACGGGCAAUCAAAGCUUGCUAACAUACUCCACGCUAAGGGGCUAGCGAGGCUCCUGAAGGAGGAAGAAGUCCAAAUAACUGCAAAUUCAGUUCAUCUGGGAGCUAUAUCUACCAAUAUUUUUCGUCAUCACAAACUUAUCAACGGUAAUUUAUUUUUUGCUCAUAGCUCUAGAGGAAAUUUCUCAUGAUUUUAUCUCGUCACGUGAUGAAAGGGAGCAGCAACUACAUGCUAUGUGGCUUUACACCCGCGGGUUGCAGGGGUCAGCGGCGAGUAUUUUGCGGACAGUAAUAUCGGGAAGCCGAGUAAUCUUGCGCGGGAUGCUAAUUUGGCAAAGAAGUUGUGGAAUUUCAGCAUAAACUUGACCGGAAUUCAAGUAGAUCAGACUCCGGAUUUAGGAUGACGAGAGAAGUGGCAGAAUAUUAGGGUUAGGGAGUCGGUAACGUACCUAAAGCUUUGUAUUGAUUGAAAAGGUGAAACAUUUCCAAUGUUCACUUUGCACGCACAGAUGGUUUCUUCGAUCGUUGCAGAUAAUAAGCCGAAAUGUUUUUGGAAAUUGCUCAGUAUUGCGCAAAAAGCUUGAUCACGGGAAAGGUGUUACAGUUUCAAAA